AUUUUCGAUAUUCAGUGGGUAUACUGUACGGGACGAAGAAUUAAUUUUCUUUCUUUUUUUAUUCAUGUUCGUGUCUAAAACAACUUGUCGUCUUACGGAUAGAACUUAAUUUUCGUCUGGUUUGGAAAUCAUACAGAAGUCCAGGAUUAAAUUUUCGCUUUACAAAAACUACAAAAAUAAAUUAAUAGCAAAACAACAAAAAUCUGAUUCAUAUACUUGUGCUGUGUUGGUUGUGAAUAUAAUAAAUAUUAAGUAAGAUUACAAUCCAGGUGAAGGAACUCGUCUAUAAAAAAAAUGAGGACGUUUAUAUUUUGGUGCACUCUAUCAACAUUACUUGCUACCCCUUCAAUUGCAUCGAACACAUACGUUUGGCCAAUAUUAUCGUCACAAGAAAUUACCGUCAUUGUAAACAGAACCUACGAUGUAAAUUUAGGCAUAUUUGGAAUUAUAGACUCCCCGAUAAACAUGACGCUGACUCCUCAACAUGAAAAUUUAAUCGAAUUGAAUCCGUCAAAAAUUCCAAUCUCAUCGACAAAUCAAACCAUCGAUGCACACUAUCUGAUUUCGGUAAAAGGAGUCAAUCCAGGUUUGUUAGACGUAAUAAUAUCAACCGAACCACUAUCCGAAAACUUCAGGAACGUAUUCCUCAAGGUAACGGUUGCACUAUCACCGGUCAUUUUACACGUAUCCAUUGUACUCGGCUGGCUUUAUUUUGUGGCCUGGUCGGCAUCGUUCUAUCCGCAAAUCAUUGAUAAUCAUCAGCGGAAGAGUGUAGUUGGUCUGAACUUCGAUUAUUUAUCGUUUAAUAUUGUCGGGUCGGCGCUGUAUACUGCUUUUAACAUGGGAUUACUGUGGUGUCCAUUAAUUGAGAAUGAAUACUUUAGAAGAUAUCCGAGAGGCUUGAAUCCUGUAUUGAUCAACGAUGUUCUAUUUUCGUUGCAUGCAUUAAUUGCCACUCUAUUCACCGCCAUUCAAUGUGCAAUAUAUGAGAGGGCCCUGCAAAGAGUUUCUAACAUUGCGAGAGCAAUUUUGGCCAUAUUCUUCGUAAUUGUUCUAUCACUGCUGGCUCUUGCUUACUGCAAUGUUAUUCAUUGGCUGGACUUUUUGUACUAUUGCAGCUACAUUAAAUUGACAAUAACACUCAUCAAAUACAUUCCUCAGGCUGUUAUGAAUUAUCGCAGAAAGAGUACAGUAGGAUGGAGUAUUGGAUGCAUUUUCUUAGACAUUAUCGGUGGUGUUUUCAGCAUUCUGCAGAUGGUAUUGAAUGCACACAAUCAUGACGAUUGGGUAUCAAUAUUCGGUGAUCCAACGAAAUUCGGUCUCGGCCUAUUUUCCAUCUGUUUCGACAUAUUUUUUAUCAUUCAACAUUACGUUCUCUAUCGCGUUCCCACGCCAACGCUACGAGAGAAUGACUCAAAUUUGGACAGACUUUUGACAGAGAAAGCUUGAACAGAGAUUGGUAUCGGAGUCCAUACCAUAUUUUAUGGAGUGGAACGAUCUACGUUUAGUGUAGAUUGUAGGUGUAGAGUAGCCAGUUAAGAGACGACACGAUGUGAGAUGAUAUUUUACUAUUGAGAAAAGCAUUACGUUUGUGAUAGAUUACUUAAAUGUAACGUAAUUUCGUUUAUUUUUUAUCUAAUUUAGUAUUUAUUGUUGAAGUGAAGCAAAACGGUUGGUAUGUCCAGAAUAUCUAUCGACAGAAAUAUAGGUGAAACGGACAAACAAAACUGCUGUUGCCGAAAUAUCUUUUCAUCAAAUAUUUAAAGGAAUCUGGGGGAAAGAGUUUAACUACCUACCCUACUGAGGGAUGCCGAACUUGUUGGACUAAAUCGUAUGGGAUUAAAAGGGCUUAAUUGAAGUUGGGCUAGUCCCAUUUAAUCACAUAAGAUUUAUUAGGCCAAGCAAUGCGGCACCCAUCGCAUCCCUUCCACUUAUAUGGUGUACUCAGGUAACGGCGCAGUGUUAACGCUCAUUAUGGUGCAAAUAGACUAACUUCACUUAAGUUUGAUUCCCAGCAUCAUUAAAUCAGUCAAUAAUUACUCAAAACGUAAUCCCGUCUGGCGAGCUUAGCACCACCGACACCUUCAGUUUUUUUUUUUUUUAAACCUAAUUGUCAAAAGUAUCACUUCCGUGAUAAACAAAUUCCAGUCUAUCGCCUUUAUGAUUUUUUCUCCAUCAACACAUUCAACACUCGAAAACAAAAGUACUUUAAAGCUAUGUGUUAGCUGGUGGCAUCCAAACGUUUCGUUUCAAAAAUAUUUCCAUAUUGCUCGGGAGUGAAAAAAAAAAUUGGAAAACUUUUUUCAUUUCCUGUAAAUAUAAAACGAAUUCGGUGUGCUAUGAAAGCAAUGGCAUCUGUCGAACGUAACACAGUUGAAAUUGAUGCACUGAUAAAUCGACAGCGAACAAAAAGAUUUGCGUAUUUGCGUAUGUGGGUCAAUCACCACAUAAUCUCUGUCUGCAUUUUAUUUUGCUGUGAAUUUGAUUCUGUUAACCAUUUUUGGACGUACCAAUUUGAUUUAUUUUAAUUAAUUAAUUAAAAAAAGACUUGUUUGUAAAUGUGUGCUCAGGGGCUCUUUCAGUCUUUCACUAAUAUUUAUUUAUCACAAAUACUGACUAGAUUUUAGAUGAUUAUUAGUUUCGAUAAGUUUACUUGUAAAACGAAAUGGGACUGUAAGACGCAGUGAUUUUAAUUGUUGAUUACAAAUAGUAAAAUAGAAUUGCAAAAAA